GUUUUAUUUCUUGGCUUCUCCUCUUUGAGAAGGCCGGAAAGGCAUUAAGCCGACUCAGCCGAUUUUUUUUUUUAAAAAAAAACAAGAAAAGGAAAAUGGAGGAAUGAACGAAGGCGAAUCCGGAUCGAGCAGUCUCUGCCUCUUUCAUCCUUCUAUUUCCCCCUCAGCUCAAGCUCUAGCCCUAACCCUAAUUCGCCGCCGAUCCCUCUCGGUGAUGCCCCGAUCUGCGUAAUCUCGGUCAUCCGGCAGGUAGACCGCGUGUUCCGGCGGAUUCCCGGCCGAUCCCGAUCGUCUGAUCGGUUGUCGUUGCAGAUCGAGUGGAGGAGAAGGGAGGGGGCACGAUGCCGUCGCACGCGGAUCUGGACCGUCAGAUCGAGCACCUGAGGGAAUGCAAGUUCUUGCCGGAGGCGGAGGUGAAGGCUCUCUGCGAGCAGGCAAGGGCGAUCCUGAUGGAGGAGUGGAAUGUCCAGCCGGUUAAGUGCCCUGUCACGGUUUGCGGGGACAUCCACGGCCAGUUCCACGAUCUCAUCGAGCUGUUCCGGAUCGGAGGAGAGGCGCCCGACACCAAUUACCUUUUUAUGGGGGACUAUGUAGAUCGUGGUUAUUAUUCAGUGGAGACUGUUACGCUUUUAGUGGCCCUGAAAGUCCGUUACAGAGAUAGAAUCACAAUUUUGAGAGGAAAUCAUGAAAGUCGGCAAAUUACUCAAGUGUAUGGUUUCUAUGAUGAAUGCUUGAGAAAGUAUGGCAAUGCAAAUGUGUGGAAAUAUUUCACUGACCUAUUUGACUAUCUGCCACUUACAGCUCUUAUUGAGAAUCAGGUAUUCUGUUUGCAUGGUGGUCUCUCUCCAUCUUUGGAUACACUAGAUAAUAUCCGUGCUCUUGACCGUAUACAGGAGGUUCCACAUGAAGGACCCAUGUGUGAUCUUUUGUGGUCUGAUCCGGAUGACCGUUGUGGAUGGGGUAUAUCACCGAGGGGUGCAGGGUACACAUUUGGACAGGACAUUGCACAACAGUUUAAUCACACAAAUGGUCUUACCCUUGUUGCCAGAGCACACCAACUUGUGAUGGAAGGUUACAACUGGUGUCAGGAAAAGAAUGUUGUGACGGUGUUUAGUGCACCAAAUUAUUGUUAUCGUUGUGGUAAUAUGGCAGCUAUAAUGGAGAUUGGGGAGAACAUGGAACAAAACUUCCUCCAGUUUGAUCCUGCACCAAGGCAGAUUGAGCCAGAUACUACUCGCAAGACUCCUGACUAUUUUUUGUAAUCUCCAUAACCCUAUCACCUGGUGGUAACCGUGCUUGUUCACUUCUAUGUUUGUUCUUUAGAUGUGUCCUAGAAAAGAGGAGUUUUGGUAAGUGGGAAGAUCAUCAUCAUCAUCAUUCUUUUGUUUGGAGUUUUUCCUGCUGCUACUGUAUGCCAUGCCAUGUUAGAUUAAAAGGACACUCAAGAGGUUUUUUCUGUCAAUUGCCUUUCUAUUCUUGAAGAGAGAGUGAGGAAGCAGCAAUAACAAUCAUGGUGCCUCGUGUUUUAUGUGUAUUGCUCGUUUAGAGAAACACUAUGCCGAGUGGGUCCGUUCAAUCUAAAUGCAAAGCUUAUUUUCCGGUGAAA